AUGCGUUUCCUCGCCGCCGCUCUUCUCCUCGCCUUCGUCAUUCUCGCCACUUUCGAUGUGGCAUCCGCUCAGUCGCGCAUCGACCGCAGCGCUCAAUGGUUUAAGCCAUCGCCGAACGUGCGCUCACCAUCGUAUUCCAGGUCGCGUCUCGGCGGCUCUCGCCUCUUGCCACGUCGCAUGUACCGUAGUCUUCCACAAGCUGACUACCAGGCCAUGUGGGACAAGUUGAACUACAACGCCGAUUCCCAGGACUCUGACAUCUAG